AUGCAUUUCUCAGUCUUCCACAUCCUCCUGGCCUCCUUAAUAUCCAUUGCGCAGCUGGCCUCUGGCCAAGGCACCGACGGCUGCAACGUCCCUCCCGCCAUCAUUACCAACUUUACCUGGCACAAUAGCACUUACAAUUGCGGAUGCGAUGAUGGUGGCUGCCUUCCAACGGGUCUUCAUGGCGGUCCCGGCUGUGGUCAACCAGAUAUGGUGGAAGCAACAUUCUCUCAGCGAUCUCCAACAUACAAUGACACGUUGACCUGCGGCGCAUCUGACCCAGGUAGCGUUCCUGCUCGAGCGAUUCCCGGUGGACCAUUCAACUGUCGAUCACUUGGACGGCAUUUCAUCUUCACGGUGAAUGGCACCGAAGGAACACUUACCUAUGUGGAGCCUAACUUUAUUUGGUGGGUUCGACGACAGCAUUAUUUGUGUACCCUACGCAGUUUCGAAAUUCUACUUGUGUGCAGAGCGAACCCACCUUUCAGCUUGAACCGGAUGAGGUCGUGGGUAUUCAUUGAGCUUCGUCCACAGUUACCGAAAUGA